CACACCCAGGACCAAAACCAUAACCACACCCAGGACCACAACCAUAAACACACCCACAUGCAGGGCCACAACCACAACUAUGGCUACAACCACACUCUGUGCCACACCCAAUGAUGCCUACCCUGGAGCCAAUGGGACAGUCAGCAGGCCCAGCUCAGGUGUGUCUGUCUCCGUCUGUGAGUCCAUUCGGCUUGUGUCUGUGGCGAACUCCACUUCAACUACAUCCUUACCAAGAUUCUCAAUGCCAGCCACCACAGGCACUCAACCCUCUGUGCAACCAACUGCCUCUGUGCAUCCAGCUGCCCCAGCGCAACUAGCUGCCCCUGUACCACAGGUGCCUGCGAAAACAGGAAGUCAAGCUACAAACCAUCCUUCAGACUCCACACAGGCAUCUCACCCUGCCAAGUCCGAAGCAUUCAUAGACCUGACAGAGGAGGAGGAGGAUGAUGAUGAUGAUGUUCAAGUUACUGGAGUGCUGAAGGCUCCGAUGGCUUUGAAGGCCUCAACAGCGUGUCAGCGAACCACAGCCACACAGCAAACAGCCACCUCCACUUCAGUUGGAACACAGGCCGUUUAUUGCUGUGUUUCAGUGAGGUCAUCUCUUGGUCAGACUUCAGCCGUUGGAUCUCCACACACUGUUCAUCAUUGCCCCGUGCAGGGCUCGCCAUCUAAAAGUGUUGCCUCAGCAACAACCACUUCUUCAUCUUCCACACCUUGCCUCAAGCCCUCUCCCCUUCCCCCUUUGCCUGUCCCACCUCAAACUAUCAGCCUGCCCCUAGAGGCAUCCAUCACCAGCACUCCACAGCAGCCUCUGCUCAAAAUAACCCGGGUUCCGAGCCAGAAUGACGGCAUCGUGCUCUCCUGGUCUGUGACUGAGGUAGACCAGAGCUGUGCUGCCGUGGACAGCUACCACCUAUAUGCCUACCACCAGGACCCCUCUGGCCACGCCGCCCCCGGCACACCCCCCCUACUCUGGAAGAAGAUAGGGGAGGUGAAGGCCUUGGCUCUGCCCAUGGCCUGUACACUCACACAGUUUGUCUCUGGCUCCAAGUACUAUUUUGCAGUCCGUGCCAGGGAUGUGUAUGGCCGCUUUGGACCAUUCUGUGUGCCUCAGUGCACUGACGUCUUAACGUCCCCUUCACCGAAAGCUCCAAUUUAACCACACGUUAAGAUUUAAGUUAAAAUGUGUUGUGUCAAGUUAAAACAAGAGGAGAAAUGUUGAUUCUGUAGAUUUUUUCUGUUAACCAGUCUGGCCAAAGUGAAAAGUUCAGUACAGCUGUUGGCAAAACUAAUUGCUCUAUUUUCAAAUGAAUGUGUUUGGUAUUUGUUUUAUCAGAAUUGUGCACUCAAAUCAUCUUUGAGCCAAGGUGUUAUCAUUGGAAUGUUACUGGGAAAUGUUUUUGCCCAUCUUAGUGAAAUCGUUUGGCCCCAUGUGACCACUGUCUGCCUGCCGUGUGUUUGACCACAUGGGAGCAGCAUUGUACCAAAAUGGUAUCUUUGACACAGGACGAGAGCAUUUGAAAAUCAACCUGAAAUGGCCUGAUUCCGUUUCUGAAAGAAAAUGGACAAAGUAUUCUUCUCCUUCUAGUUCCCUGAAGGCAUUUGAAAACUCUAACUUUUCAUUGCAAUUGUCAGUCUAACAUACUAUGAAGGACAGAAUGACCAUGUUAUUAUAUGGUAAUACACAGUCAUUUUUUUAUGGGCCUAAUAGUAAAGACAUGUUAUUUAAUGUUUUUUUAUUACCUUUUUAAUUUGGCAUGAACAGAACCAGUCGUCAUGUUUUUAUAUUGUCAAACAUAUCACUUCAAAAAGUAGGCUACCUGCGCAUGUUCGUCUACUCCAAAAUAAUUCCAGCAUCCAAACAGUGCACUCGCGCCAUCUGUUACGAAACACCAAAAAGUGUAAUGACAUUCUGCGAUUUUCAUUAGGUCUACACUCUUGUAGCCUGAAUAUAUUGAUGCAUCUUUGACAAAAUGACCAUUUUUUGUAGAAAGAAAAGUUGGGAUGCCUGAAAAGGGGCUGAGAUACUGGACUGUCCUGGGAUGACAAGUGCAGCCACAUGGAUAUAUUUUUUUAAACCAUGACCGGUGGGGGUGUUAGUUUAAUUUGGAAUAUGCAUUUAUUUUAAUAUUUACCUCUAGCAGUACAAAUAGCAUUUGAAAGAAAUAGUAGAAUUGUUCAUUUAGUAUUAUUUAGAGACCCCC